CCCUGAGGAUUGCUCCAUAGACACUUCCUUCUAUGUGAAGACAUUUCCGUAGAGUAGUGGGCUGUGCUGCUUCACCUGGCCGCCUCUCCCCUCCUCCUCUUCCCGCCCUGAUAAGCCUCCUCCUCCCCUCCUCGGCUCUUUCUUCGGCCUCUGUCUAGUGUCUCCUCCUCCCCUCCAGUAACAGGCCGCACACCGCUGUCUCCUGACCCGGAAAGAUGAUAGGAAGCCGGCUGCUGGCGCUGCUAUGGGUGCUGCUGGUCAGCGUGUCCGGGGAGCAGGAGGAGGAGGACGCCCACUCCAAGCACCUCUAUUCCGCCGAGAUGUUCAGCCAUGCCGUGUCCCAGGCGCCGCACUUCAUCAUGUUCUUCGCCCCUUGGUGUGGCCACUGCCAACGUCUCCAGCCAACUUGGAAUGAGCUGGGAGAUAAGUACAACAAUAUGGAAAAGGCUCCGGUUUAUGUUGCUAAAGUGGACUGUACAGUGGAUAACAAAAUCUGUUCAGAUAACGGUGUCCGUGGUUACCCAACUCUAAAACUGUUUAAACCGGGCCAAGAAGCUGUGAAGUACCAGGGCGCAAGAGAUAUCCAGACUCUGGAGAAUUGGAUGCUCCAGACUCUAAAUGAGGAGCAAGAAGAAGCAAAAAGUGAGCAGGAAGCUUCCAAAACUCCAGAAGCCAAGCAGGGUCUAUAUGAACUUGCCUCAUCAAAUUUCAAGGAUCAUGUAGCUCAAGGAAACCAUUUCAUCAAAUUCUUUGCUCCUUGGUGUGGACACUGCAAAUCCUUGGCACCUGCAUGGGAACAGCUGGCAUCAUCCUAUCAGAAUUCCAAUGCUGUCAAGGUUGCUAAGGUUGAUUGUACCCAGCAUAAUGACCUGUGCUCUGACAAUCAAGUCCGUGGCUACCCAACUUUGCUGUGGUUUAAAAAUGGUGAAAAAGCGGACCAAUAUAAGGGAAAGAGGGACUUGGAUUCCUUAAAAGAAUAUAUUGAAAGUCAAUUAAAACCUGCAGAUGACAAAGAAGCUGAUAUUCCAGCACAAGCUGAAGAGCCAGCAGAAGUAGAGUCCAAAGUUCUGUCUCUUACUGAAAGUAACUUUGACCAGACCGUUGCCUUGGGUGUCAGUUUCAUUAAGUUCUAUGCACCAUGGUGUGGACACUGUAAACAUCUUGCACCUACCUGGGAGGAACUUUCUCAAAAGGACUUUCCUGGUUUGAGUGAUGUGAAAAUUGCCAAAGUUGACUGCACUGCAGAGAGAUCUUUGUGUAACAGAUUCUCAGUGCGUGGGUAUCCAUCUUUAUUACUCUUCCGUGCUGGGGAGAAAAUUGGUGAACAUGAAGGAGCUAGAGAUCUGGACACAUUACAAAACUUUGUCCUGCGCCACUCCAGAGAUGAAUUAUAAAUCUGUCCUAAACCCUAUGGGUUUGUGCUACCUGUACAGGCCAAAUGGUUACUGAAUUAUUUACAUGCAGUACUAUAUGGCUAGGGCUCCAUGGUGGCAUAAAAUAGCCUGCAGCUCCUGUGUGUGACCACCAUGUAGCCCUAUCCUUGUCUAAGUGUUCUGUGCAGUAAGUUUUAAGGAUUACUAUGCCCCUAAGCAUUUUAUUCCCUAACCAAAGGCUAGUGGAUAAGAUGUCUGAUCGCGGGGGUCCCGCAGCUGAGAACCCCCGCAAUCACUCCUGCAGCAUCCCGAUCAUCUUGUGCAUGGAGCGAACUUCGCUCUGUGCACAAGAUCCUUUGGUUAGGGGAUAAGAUGCCUAGGGGCUGAGUAACCCUUUAAUCCUGGAAAAGGGAGGCCCUAUAAUGAAAUGUCUAAGACAUUCUGCAGAAACCUCUACAAGGACACCUCAGGAUGUAUGUUAUACCACUAUAAAGAUAGUUGUUGGUUGUGCACCUCUUUACCAUUAUGAAAAUGUAUUUUUCCUAUUGUUAAUUCAGAUGUGAAGUGCCUUACUUCCUAUAAGGAUGAUGGCUUGCGUAUUUUCCCUCCCCCGUAUUGUCCUAAUUUGUGUAAGAAAUGCAGUACGGUUUCUAUAAGAUACAAAUGUUUGUUACAAAUCAUUGCCUUUUAAGGAGGGGGUGGGGUGGAUUAAAUUGCCAUUUUGUGUACAGUUAGGCCUUAUGUUUUUUUUCUUGAGUAAAAGCCCAGCUGGACCAAUAAAAGUGACUGUAACAGACCAGAUAA